GUGACCGUUUUUUUCACAGCGUGCUCGAAGUCGGUGUGUGCAUCAUGGGACCUAAAAAGAAAACAAAUCUAUUUUAUGGUAAAGCUAAAUCUUAUUUAGUUUGUAAUUUUCCAAUACCAGCUCAUUUAAAUAUGGGCUGUAGAAAUGGACAUGUACUGCAUAUAUUGGCAACUAACAAUGAUUCAUACCAAGUAACUGUAGAACUAAUCAGUAAGUAUUUUAACAUCAACAUUUUUCCCAAUCAGAUUCUGCAACUAGUUAAAAAAUCAAAAGUCUUUGUAAAAGCUUUUUCACGAAAUUCAAAACAAUUUAUUGACAUCUGCAACAUGCUCUUUGAAUACCAACCAACAACAUCUGCUGUCACUCAAACAUCACAGUUAAUCACAACCUCUAAUCACAUUGCUACGUGUUCUUCAUUUUUUUCUCAGCAAAUCACUGUUUCGUCUCUAUCAAAUAGUGACUCUUCUCAAGAAUCAUUAUCCAAGUUGAGAGCUGACCAGGUUAGUCCCAAGAAAAAGAUUAUGAGAAAGAGAUUAACCAUUUUGGAAAACGAAAUCGCAAUUAAAAAGAGAAAACAUAAAGAAGAUCUUAAAGGUUUAAAAGAAAAGGCAAAGGCUAGACCAUACAGAUUAAAAUAUCUAAAUCAGGUUAUUGCUCGUAAGGAAAAAAUAAUUCAUCAACUUAGAAAAAAAUUAAAAGAAAAUUUUUUAAAUAUACAGUUAAAAAAACUUCAAAAUCAAAUUUUUUAUUUGAAACAACAGUUAACAUUCACCGAAACCAAGUUUUUUAAUCAAAAGACAAUGUUAUCCCAACAACUUGCUGAGAAAAAUUCUGCAAUUCUUGUACUUCAAAAUGACAUACUGGUUUUACAGGAAAAGUUAGAAGAUAUUCAGCAAGUAACACAAAACACCAAAAAUGAAAAAUGUUACUCAGCAGAUAUCAGAACACUUAUAUAUGACAUGCUUGUGUGCCAAGUUCCUAGACAUAGUGUGCCAUCUCUGCUCCAUAAAAUUGGAGAACAUACUGGCAAUCAAUUUAGUCAAAUUCCACAUCGGACAACUGUAGAACAAAUGAUGCGUGAGCUUGGUGUUCUUUCAGACUUACAGACUGCUGAGAUAGCAUUUUCAACGAAAGAUCUGACACUUGGUUUUGAUGCAACAACCCAGGAGGGUGUUCAUGUAAAUGCUGUACACUUAACAACCGAAUCAGUAUGUAUGGUUGUAGCUAUUGAUCAACUUCCUGGAGGUACAGCUUAUGACUAUCAGAGUCAUAUUACAAAAUCUGUUGAUAAUCUUGCUAAGUUAUAUAGUGACUUCUACAAGCUUAAAUACACUGAUGUAAGAAGCACUAUUAUCGGGAACAUAACAAAUACCAUGAGUGAUAGAGUUGCAACAAACCAUGCAACAGUCUCAAAGUUAAACCUAGUUUGGCAGAAAUCAUUAAAUGAACUUAACUGUCACCUUCACCCCUUGGACACAAUGACAAGCUCUUGCAAGUCUUCACUUAAAGCAUUAGAGACUUGAAAAGGGAAACUUUUUGGAAGAGACUGCAUAGCAGCAAACAUUGUUGUACAGCUGAACAAACUUCGUUACAAGGAUGCUAAAGGCGAUCCAAAGGGUUUUGUAACCUUUUUGGACCAACAUGAGUUGCCCAGAGGAUUGCUACCACGCUAUAGAGGGAACAGACUACAUAUACUUUUUCACACAUGUGGUAUUUUGAUCCAUCAUUAUGCCAUAUUGAAGAUAUUUCUGUG